UGAGGGUCCUAAACUCCUAGGAUGAGGCUUUCAUUGACCACCAUUCAUCCAAGAUAAAACCAGCAAAAUAUAUGGAGCCUCCCCUUUCUCUUUGAGCAAACAACAGAGAUAGGGAAGCAAGUAAAAUUAAAGGAGAUACUAGUACUAUGGCACUGAGAAUGUGGGCUUCUUCCACAGCUAAUGCACUUAGACUCUCUUCUGCUUCCAAAUCUCAUCUCUCUCCUGCCUUCUCUCUCUCUAGAUGCUUCUCUACUGUUCUAGAAGGGUUGAAGUAUGCAACUUCACAUGAAUGGGUGAAGGUUGAAGGCCCUGUGGCUACUAUUGGCAUCACUGACCAUGCUCAGGGCCAUCUUGGAGAAGUGGUGUUUGUGGAGGUGCCAGAUGCUGGUGGCUCCGUCACACAGGGCAGUAGCUUCGGUGCGGUGGAAAGUGUAAAAGCCACAAGUGAUGUUAAUUCCCCAAUUUCUGGCCAGGUCGUCGAGGUUAACACAAAGCUCUCUGAAUCCCCUGGUUUGAUCAAUGCAAGCCCAUAUGAAGAAGGAUGGAUGAUCAAAGUGAAGCCAAGCAACCCAUCAGAGUUAGAAUCCUUGAUGGGUCCAAAAGAAUACACCAAAUUCUGUCAAGAAGAAGAUGCUGCCCAUUAGCAUUUGAUUAUUGUGCUCGUCUCUUUCUCUUGCAUUCCUCUUUGGACUCGGAUAUUACAGAACUGCAACAUUUCUACUCUUUAAAAUUAAAUUUUCUUCUAUAUUUUCUUUUACUUUCUCACUUCUUCUUCUUCUUAUUCAUGUGAUUAAGUUCUUCUGCUCCUCCUUUCACUUUUCAUGUGAUUUACAUUUAGAAUUUAUACUUUUCCAAGUAAUUUUUGCAUAUGGAUAAGGUACUAUUAAUGUGGUA